CUUGACACACCCACCCGGCCGUCCCCAUUCCACGUGGGGACGUGGCGGUCGUGCACGCGGUCGUGCACCUCCUGCGGUUUGCCAUCAAUUGCUAUCGGUCUCACAAGUGGGUCCCCUUGUCAUCCACACAACCGCGCCACCACAUGUACCACAUUUUUCUUUCUCCCCGUCUCGACCACUCCACAUCUUUCUUUCUCCCCUUCUCGACCAGCGCCGCCGCCGCCAUCUCCCGACGACCCCUCUCUUCGCUGCCGGUGCGCGGCCGCCGCCAACUCCGGCAAAAUGGAGGAAGCACCAUGUGGACGCUGCAACUCACGGUGCCGGACCAGCCUUUCUACUGCCACGCUGUUCGGCAUCUACUUCCAGCCUUCUUUUGUUGUUGCAGCGAUCGUACCAUGCAAUGUGAGAUUGGCAUUCAAUGAGCUCAUCGGAGACACCGUGACCUUCGACGCUCUUGGGGGCCCAUACACUAUGCAGGUCGAGAAGGGGCGAAAGAUAACCCAGAUAGGAGGAGAUGAUUGGGAUCGUUUCAUCGCCCACAUGCGUCUUAGUGGGGGUGAAUUGAUCAGCUUCUCCUUCAGAAGAGAUAGGCCCAGGAUUUCUGUUAUCUAUCUAAAUUUGAUUCCGGAUAGUGAGGAUGAAGUUCAUGAGGAGGAAGAUGGUGCUGAUUCACAUGAUGACGAUUCAGAUGAUGAUGAGAACCCACUUGUUGAAUACCUGUAUGCCCAAGGACUCAGACUGGGCGACGAGGAAAUCGGCAACCUCUGGGACAUGCUUCCGCUACGUGAAGACUACCUAGGGAAGCCAUUCGUGACCCGCCUCACAAGGACGAAUGUUAAACGGCAUAUCAUGAAAUUACCUAAGAGGUUACUUGAUAGCUGUGGCAUCGACCCGGACGAAGAAGGCAUGGCUGCUGGACUACGCCUUACCAGAACGGGCUUCAUCACCAGUUGUGCCUAUGCAGUGGACACGGACGGUCGCACUGUCUUGAGAAGGGCAGGGUGGAAGAAGUUCCUUCGUGGCAAGAAUCUUCGGGUAGGACAGGCCAUCCUACUCACCGUUGCGAACACCAGUCCCCAUGACUUGAGGAUGAUGAUCACCAUCCACCUCAUUUAGAACUGGGGUGGGCCAUGUAUCGAUGUGAAAUGAACUUGUUAUGUUAGCUCUUGUUUGCGAGUACUUGUCGUGUAUUACCGUACCUAUAUCUACUCAUAUCUAGGUACUAUUGCUUGUGAUGGAGUGCAACUAUUAUUAACUGGUAACUAAUGCUCUACUAGCUAUGAUUAUUCCACUGUGUGAUGUUUUAUAGAAUGUAGUGUGACAUGGUAACUGUUAUAUAUGGUAGAGGCUGGUCUCUAAGACCUUGUACAAUGCAAGGUGCUUAGGGAUGUGCUUAGAAAAAUAAAGCGGUUUUUUCUGAAGCACCAGUGCCUAU